UAAUUACUUAAUACAAUACUGUUAAUACAAUACUGUUUACAUAAUAUUCUGCGAAAGUUCUAAGUGUGGGAGAGCCAUGCUUCGGCACGAAUGGGCCGGCUCGACCGGAGUGAUACCACGGCCUCCCCGUCUCCCGAAUCCCCGAAUCCUCCACAAUCCUCAAAUUCAAAAGUAUCCCCAAUACCUGUAUCCCCAACAAUCCUCAAAUUCCAAAUCCCCAAAAGCCUCUGGUGUUCCAGGUGUCCAUGGGCGACGCCGAUUGCUUACCAUCAGGUGAUCCGUCUGUUCGUUUACCGGCUUAUGACAUAAAAAAAAUCUUUGCCUUUUGUUA